AUGCCGCGACCAAACGACUCGCCCGACGUCGCAGCGUCAAAGACGAUGGCGUACAUUCUGCGUCACGGCGCGGAGAAGGAGGGCCUUCACAUGCGCUCGGACGGCCUGAUCCUCUUGGACGACGUGAUGAAGGCGGUGGACCGGCCAACAGUAUUCCGCCUCGUCAAUGAGAAUGCCAAGAAGCGCUUUGAGCUCUUGUAUGGGUACGACCCGUCUCCGCCCAAGCCCAAGAAGACGAAGGCGCCAAAGAAGAAGCCCGCGCCCAAGGCAACGGAUGGCGAGGCGACAGGAGCAACUGCUGCAGGGAGCGUCGACGCUCUCGCGGCACAGCUGGACGCCACGACGGUCGAGCCUACAUGGAAGGAGCUCGAGUUUGUGGCCCUCCCAGCGCCGGCCGAGGGCGAGCAGGGCGACCAGCGCGGCGCGUGGUACAUCCGAGCAUCGCAGGGCCACACACUCAAGGUCGAGGACGCCGCGAUGCUGGAGCCGAUCUUGGACAAUGAGGACGGGCGGCGGCGUGCGGGACUGCUCGUACAUGGCACGCAGUGGAAGCUGUGGGACACACUCAUUCCCCGCCCAAACUCUACCCUCCACAUCUUCCUGUCCCUCCCGUUGCUGCUCGCCGCGAGCAUUCCCGUCUACUCGUCUGCCAACGGCGUCGUGCUCACGCCUGGGGAUGCCAAUGGCUUUGUCCCCAAGGAGUUUUGGCGCAUGGCCGUGCACAUUUCCGAGGGGAAGCGUACGGUUGUGUGGGAGGACGGCAAGGAGACGGAGCGCGUCGAGGACGAGAACGAGGCCGAGCAGUAA